AUGCAUAAAUACUCAAAAAUAAAAAUAAUUAUGGAAAAUUUAAAUAUAACAGAUAACAAGAAUGAGCAUACAGAGAUUGACAUUGGAAACUUACCAAUUGAUGACAUAGAACUAAAUAGUAUUGCAGAGGAAGAAAAGUCUGCGGGCAUUCUCAUGAAGAUGGACAAGUACGAGCGGAUUACAGAAAAGGGAGUCCCUCUACUCAAAAGAGUUUCUUUUUCUCUGCCAGAGGGGAAGAUGACUGCACUGCUUGGUCUGAGUGGAGAUGAAAAGUCUGCGCUAAUGGAAGGAAUGGCAGGGCUAUGUAGUCCCUCGCACAAAACAUACGGUGAGGUGUACGUUAAAGGAAAGAGCGGUGCACUUGAGAAAAGAAAGGCAGAGGAGUGGUUCAGCCGAGUGAACUACACACAGCAGAGCACGAUGGAGUACAAAAAGAUUUCUGUAUAUGAUAUUCUGUGGUCAAUUGCAAAGUGCUAUGGAAAGGAGGAGCAGGAGGUAAAUGACUAUAUGUCAAUGCUAAGGAUAUCAAAAGUGAAGAAAGUGCAUUUUAACAACUUAUCUAAAAGUGAACAGAAAAGAGUUAUAGUGGCUGCAGAACUACUUUCACAGAAGGAGCUCAACAUAUGGGACGAGCCUCUAACAGGGCUAGACUCAGAGAUAGUACAUGUAAUUCUUUCUACAAUGAAAAGCGCACAGAACACAAACUUGGUAGCAAUGCAUCAAGCAUCAGAAGACAUAAUGAAUCAGUUUGACCUGGUUCUUCUUAUGCACAAGUCCACUAUUGUGUACUCAGGACCAGCAGAAGAGAUGCAGGCAUACUUCACAGAAAAGGGAAUAGAGUUCCCAAGUGGCAUGUUUUAUGUGAACUAUCUAAUGCAGCUCUGCGCUGAGAACAGCGAAAAUCACAUAGACAUUCACAAUAUUGAAAUACUCGACGUACUAGCAAAUGAAAUCAUCCACUCGCCAUGUGGAGAGAAAGCUGGGAAAAACAAUCUAUUCGCAAGCAGUCAGUUAAAACUGUCCUUCACAGGAAUUGUGGAAAUACUUAAAAGAUCACUAUACACGGACAGAUUCUUCAUGGGUGAAUCCCUCAUUGGAAGCCUGUUGAUUGUUCUAUUUGCCUGCAUAAUCUCAACCAUAAGCAUAUAUGCAACUCUAUACUAUUUUAGUUUUGAUAAAUAUCCAAGUAAUGUAUAUUAUUUAUGUAAAAACAUACAUGCGCUUAGAUUUCCGAAAAUAAUCUCUAUUCUAAAAGAAAGAGUCUCAGAAUCCAACUAUGAAAAGGAUCUUAAGCCUUUAUAUAUUACAGCCUCCAAUGCAGGAUGGGUGUCUAUCCUUACAAAGAUAUUUAAACCUGCAAUUUUAUUUGCUGGGAGUGUGUGCUGCUUAGUCAUCCCGUCUAGCUUCUUGAAUAUUUCCUUUUUCAAGAACUGCAGGAAUAAUAUACAGGGAAAACAGUUUACAGCAGGCGACUUUAUAGUAGCACAGGCUAUUGAUAUUAUGCUGAAAAAAACCCUUUCUCUUUGGGCAGUUCUAGUAGGAAUGUACUUUCUUGCCUACUCCCUUAUAAGCGAAGAUAUGCGAGGCGGGAUUAUAAUUGGGCACACUUUACCCAUUCUACUUCUACUGUUUGCAUCGAUCCUAAUAGGAAUGUACUCGCUUGUCUUUCAUUUUGCGCCAAUUCCUGUCCAGAAAUUCUCUCUAAUUGUGGGUGUUUAUAUAGGAAUAGUGUACCUCCUGCCUUCUAUGAUAUUCAACGGAUUAAGCAAAUCUCAGAUUUUUGACUACAGCUACUUCUUCAAAUAUUCUAUAUCUAUUUUCAUAGAUGAUUAUCUAGAGUUUUUCAACUGGGCCAUAUUAGAGUAUAAUAUGGAGUCGCAUAUAGUAUUCAAAGUGGCAUUAUUUAUUUUUAAUGCUAUAAUUUCAUUAGUGCGAUUCUUUUUACACUGGUGCAUUCCUGCAGAAUCAUUCUCGCAGAUUUUAGAAAAGUCUGCAUUAUACAUGAAUGCAUUCCCAUUUCAACCAAUUGACACUAAUGAUAUUUAUUCAGUUUGGACUAGAUAUUUUACUCAAAAUAUAAAUGACAUUCUGACAGCCAGAACCAAUCAAUCAGAUGACAGUUUAGUUUAUACUGAUGAUAUGAUUAAAAUUGCGUCUGAUGCAAUUAAAGACCUGAAUAGUAUGGAUAUUAAGACCCCACACGAAGCCUUUGACAAUUCAAAGCCCCUUCCAAAUGAACUCUUAGAACAUAUUGUAUUAAGUAUGCUAAGAUUUUUGGCUCCUGCAUGCAUUCUUCUGGUAGUAUCUGCUGCUUGCAUGUAUAUUCGCAUGCAGCCCAAGCUAAGAAACUAA